AUGUGGGUUAUUUAUGACAAAACAACAGCAAAUUUGUACCACUCAAACAUUGGAAUGUAUGGUUCCAUGUAAUUGGUGCCAUUUGUUCAGAUUUGAAUACCUAAAGUUCAACAGUUUUUCGGAUUACAAAAAUAUUAUGAUUAUCUUAUUUGGACGUUAAUGUGCAAUUAAUGCGGCACCAAGCCGAAGCCUGUUACGUGAGGAUCCCAGGCAGGAACGCAAACCAGCCGAGGGGCGCUGCCGCAUGAGGCGAACCGAUCGCGUACUUUCAGGAAAGAUCAUCUAUCUUGGACUAAUAUUCGAGGAAAACUAGAACUAAACUGAGUAAAAGAACUAAGCAUGACUAAUUACAAGAAGGGUUUGUGAGUAUUAGUAAUUUAAGAAGAGGAAGGUUAUUAUUAGUAGAUAUAAUAUGGUAGAGGGAACUAUAAUCCGAAUAAUUCGAUCUACAAAGCGGAAGGGUAGGUGUACAGAUGUUUCUGGUGGAUCUAAUAGAAACCAUCAGGUUUAAGCGGCUCAACAAGUCAGGCCUAUCAACGACAACCUUGAUCAAGUUGUCCAAAAAAAUCAUACCAUGUAUUGUUCUACGAUAAAGUAAGGAAGGAAGGUUUACUAAGAGUAAUCUGCCAUAUUUGAGUAAGAUUGCAUUCCCUCACUUGCAUAUAAAACGAGGGGGACCGCUUACACCCGAUACUCAGUUAGUAUGGCUUAGUGUUGUGUUGCUUAUGAGUGAGUAAACAAAAAGGGUUGUUCACUUAAGUGAAGCCCUUCCAAACCGUCCCUUUUUUGCUCACUUGUUUAUUUUUGCUCACUUGCUCUUUUUGGUUCACUGGUCCAUUUUUGUUCACUUGUUCUCUACUCACAUUUUGCGAAAUUUUGCUCCUCAAACGGCGUUCUGGCAGUUGUUCACAUCACACUUUUUGUAUUACCGGCAAAGCUUUUCAUUUUGAGAAAGUUGGACGCCAAGAAGCCAAGUACAAGUAUUGCAAAUCUGUUUUGAGUUGCCAAUUUCUGAGUUGCAAGUCUGUGGUGCUUAGGGAUGUGAGUUGACUCACUUACUAAAAAAGAACAAGAGAACAUGUUCACCAAAAUGAGCAAUGAACACUAGUAUGGCUCCUCCGCCAGAGCACACAUUGCACGACAAAGAGUGUGUGUGAGAGAGAGGCAGAAAAUGAGUAAGCAGUGAAAUUUCUUUUGUUCCGUCUGGCUAUAAUAAUGAUCCAAACUGAUUCAGAUUUUGCAGUCUGGAAGAUACGUUCAUUCUCUAUGAAUGUGCGUUUUUGGUUUUCUCUGGGCGGAACACACAUCCAUUUUCCGCACAAAUCUAAUAUAACCCUAUACUCUUUGUGAGUAUUGGGUAUAAAAAUCAUAUCUGUACCUACCUAGUUUAUUCGAAUGAAUGAAAACCAUUGAGAACACGUAUAAUAAAUUAGCAUAAAUUAUAAUCAGCUUACUUUUUCAUGAAUUUACUAAAAAAAACACCAACAAAAUUUGUAUAUUUAUGCAACAAUCAUACUAAGUAAUAACCAAGUUAUAAAUUUUGAAUAGUAAAUUGUAGAUUAUCAAGACCAAUAAUUAAAUCAAUACGUAUAGCUUGUGAUCGAAUCGGCGGGCAUUUCAUUCUAAGGGGCCUGAAGCGAACUACUUAUCAGCUGGGUAGAGACGAAAGAGUCGAUUCCAUUCCACUAUUCAACUCCAAUAUCAGUCUCACGGGGCCGCUUUCACAACACAGCCAGCGCGCUCUUAACUAUUCAGCCAAGGCGGAAUCGGAUCGGAUCGGAGUAGAGUAGAGUGGCAGUAUGCGCGUGGCAGCCACAGAGAGCGGACAAGCGACGCACCCCACUGAGCGCUCUCCCCAGACCCCAACCCCCCAGUCCCAACAGCACGCGCCACGCCUCGCCACGCCGCACCACACCACACCACUCCACAGCUUAAGCGACUCCGAGAUGGAUUUUGAGAAGAUACUGGGCAAGUGUGGCGACUGUCAUCGCUACCAGUACAUGCUGAUGGCGCUCUACGGCUUCCUAAUGUUCGUCGUCUCCAGGCACUACUUCGCCCAGAAUGUGAUCAGCUUUGUGCCCGACCACUGGUGCCACCACCCAGAUCUGGAGCAUCGCAGCUUUGAGGAGAUCGCGGCCAUCUAUUCGCAGUUCGAGAAUCCCUCCUGCACGCGACUGGCAUCCAUCGAUCCGGACGGAGGCAAUGCCACGGCGAGCAGCGAGCCCUGCGAUCGGUGGAUCUACAACUACGAUUUCGGGUUCAGGAGCAUGAAUGCCGAACUCAAUUGGGUCUGUGAUGCCGCCUACAAGGCGCGUGUGGGUCAAUCCCUGUUCUUUGUGGGAUCCAUGUGCGGAACUCUGAUCUUCGGGCUGCUUGGCGACACCAUCGGACGCAUCAAGGCGAUGAUCUUGGCCAACUGGUGCGGCUUUCUGGGCGACUCAGCCACCAUCUUUGCGCAGAGCUUGGUGACAUUCUCAGUGAGUCGGUUCGUGUCUGGGCUAGCGGCCGAAGCCAAUGCCUACCUGAUGUAUAUUCUGGCGCUCGAGUACGUGUCGCCCUCGCUGCGCAAUGUUGGCCUGAACCUAAUCUUGUCCGUCUUCUACUCUCUGGGCAUGAUUAGUGCCUCUUGGCAGGCCGUCUGGGUGGGCGAGUGGCGCACGUUUAUGGCCUGGUCCGCCGUGCCCCUGCUACUGGUAACCCUCUUCUACUUCCUGGUCCAGGAGAGUGCCCAGUGGCUGGUCACCCGCCACGACAUCGACGGAGCCGUGCUGCGGCUGAGGCGGGUGGCACACUUCAAUCGGCGCGUGGUCAGCGAGGAGGACUUUGAGCAGUUCCGCGUCCACUGCAAGGGCCAGGAAUCGACCAGCAGCCAUCACUCCAUGCAGAGGCAGUCCAAGCUGAUGGAUGCCCUAAAGACGCCUCGACUGCGCCUCAGGAUGAUCAACGUAUUGCUGGUGUUCACCAUUAUCACCCUCUGCUACAACACCGUGUCCCGUAAUGUGGAGGGUCUCGGCCUCUCGCCCUUCAUCAUGUUCACUUUGUUCGCCCUGACGCUGCCACCCUCGGGGCUGUUCCAGGCCCAGGCCCAAAAGAGUAUGGGUCGCAAGUUUACGGCGGUGAGCAGCAUGGUUGCCACUGGUCUAAUGACAGCCGCCUGCGGCAUACUCCUGACCUUCUGGAAGCAGCCCAGCCCGGUCCUGCUGGUGGCCCUCAUUCUGACCUCGCGGUUCGGAAUCUCCGUCUGUACCGGGGCCACCAUGCAGAUCUCCGCGGAGCUUGUGCCCACCUGUGUGCGUUCCGGUAUCCUGGCGGUGGCCCAUGUCAGCGGAGCGGCCUUCUCCUUCGUCUCGCCAUUCAUCCUGCAUCUGGACACGUAUUUUCGGGCUGCCUCCUCGAUUAUCAUCUGUCUGCUGCUCUUUGCCAGCGCCUGGAUCUGCCUGCUCAUGCCGGAGACCCGCAACAAGAAGCUGCCCAUGUCCCUGGCCGAGGGCGAGCAGUUCGGCAAGGGCGAGCGCAUGUUCGACUUCCUGCGGCGCCCCAAAAAGGAAGACGAGGCCGAUCUCAGUGCCGAGACCCAUCAGAAACUUGUGCCCGAAUAAACGUUGUCUCCUGUGAUA